AUGGAGCAAUGUUUUGCCGUUCCCUCUCUCUCUCUCUCUCUCACACACACAGGUUCAGAAGGGAAGGUUUGGAUGCGCCUGGUUGGGAUUGUAGUAUUCCAGAAAAUCUUGGCAACGCCUUUUUUGCCAUGCCGGAUGGAUGGACAUCGCAAUGCUUCAGAGGAGGACAUGGAGAAUAAAGGCGAAGAAGGGCAGGAGGCCCCCCUAGGCCCUAAGCCCCAGGGAAGCAAGGCCCUCCCCAAGAAACUGCGUUUCUUUGAAGGCCCCAAGCCAACCUACACCUAUGCGGAAGCCAUCCAUGAGAGAAGAAGAGAGCAGCACGUGAAAGAAAGGAAGAAGAAGAGCAAGAAGCAGGAGAAGGAUGAGGAGGAGGAGGAAGAGGCUGCUCUGGUGAAGGAGGAGGAGGAGAAGAAGAACGCUUCCACCAUCAUGCAUAAAGAAUCUCAGCGGAUACAUUUCCUUCCCAACAGCUUAAUUGCCUUUUUGGUAGGCUCCGAUCCUCUGUUGGAGUCUCACUAUCUUCCUCAAUUGGAAGAAAUUUCAGGUUUAUAAGAUCUAUUUUUGGUGACUCAUGGAAGACAUUGUGAAAGCCAGCUUGUGGAAGGAGUUGAUGCAGGAAGGCCUGCUGUGCUUAUCACCUGCGCUUCAGCUUUGAGGUCCUUGCAACUGCCCAG